AUGUACAAGCUGCCGAGCGUGAACUCGCCCUUUGCACGGCCCUACAUGACCAACCACCUGUGCCAUCAGGACCGGCUGCGGAAGGAGUUCCACGGCUCCGUGCCGCCGGAGCUGGUGCCGCACCUGGACGCCCCCCUCUGCGAGGCCUCGCGGCGGAAGUUUGGGCUCCCACCAUCAGGGUCUGCGCCAAACCUGCUGCCGCAGGAGCGGUACCCCAAGGGCAGUUUCAACCGCAUGAACAACGACUCCUCCAACUUUGCCAGGUCCUUCGGCCUGGGCAGCUGGGAGGGCUCGGGGGGAAUCAACAGCUUCCACCGGCGCUACUUCGGGCCGGUCACCAGAGUCGAAGACAUCGGGUACGACUUCCGCGACCCGCUGCUCUCGCAGAAGCUCGGGAGGAUGCGGUCCAGCUCCAUGCCGAGAAGCUGA